AUGUGAUAGAAGCGGCCCGUGUUUGAGUCUAUCGCCUUUGCUUAUCUGUCCGUCCAUCUCUAGGUCUUGAGAGAAGGUUGAAUCCAAUGGCCGGAAUUGCCUUUGGCCGCUUCGAUGACUCUUUCAGCAUAGGCUCAUUGAAAGCCUACCUUGCAGAGUUCAUAUCGACCUUGCUCUUUGUCUUUGCUGGAGUUGGUUCAGCUAUUGCCUACAAUAAGUUGACAUCGAGCGCUGCUCUCGAUCCAGCCGGACUUGUUGCCAUCGCCAUUUGCCAUGGGUUUGCACUCUUCGUCGCUGUAUCCGUUGGUGCCAACAUCUCUGGUGGCCAUGUUAAUCCAGCGGUCACCUUUGGAUUGGCCCUUGGUGGCCAGAUCACCAUCCUUACUGGGAUCUUGUACUGGGUUGCCCAGCUCGUUGGCUCCAUCGCUGCCUGCUUCCUCCUCAAGGCUGUUACAGGAGGCCUCGCAAUUCCCACUCACACCCUAGCUGCUGGAGUAGGAGCCGCUGAAGGAGUUGUGAUGGAGAUCAUCAUCACCUUUGCCUUGGUCUACACCGUAUAUGCGACAGCUGCCGACCCGAAGAAGGGAAGUUUGGGCACCAUCGCCCCGAUUGCUAUAGGUUUGAUCGUUGGUGCAAACAUUCUCGCUGCGGGUCCAUUCUCAGGUGGGUCCAUGAAUCCUGCCCGUUCAUUCGGACCAGCGGUGGCCAGUGGAAACUUCACAGACAAUUGGAUUUACUGGGUGGGCCCCCUCAUUGGUGGAGGCUUGGCUGGUCUCAUCUAUGGCUAUGUCUUCAUGUCCUCUGAGCAUGCUCCUCUUUCCAGCGAGUUCUAGUUCCAAUUCCACUUUCUUGGAAUAAAAGGAGUAAAACCUAUUUUAGCUUUCUUUCCUUAAUUUUUAUGUUCUUUGUAUGUGAUCUCUGCUGUGUAUUGGAUUGUAAGUAGCUUUAGAGCUUUUGUCUGAUCAAUGGUGUUUUUCUUGUGAUGUAUGAAAUGGCCCACUUUGUUUU